ACAAAGAAGAAAAAUUGAAGAAGAGGAAUACCUGAAAAGGGAGGGGAGUGAAAAUGCCUUUUUCUUCUUCUUCUUCGUCUUCUCCGACUCUCAUCUCUAGAUGUACUGUUUUCCCAGAACAGAAAUCCUCAAUUGGGACUCUCAAGCUCUCUGUUUCUGAUCUCCCCAUGCUUUCAUGUCAAUACAUACAAAAAGGGGUUGUCUUCACUCGCCCCACUCUCUCCAUAGACGCUCUCGUGUGUCUUCUCAAACGAGGCCUCUCUCAGACCCUCACGCAUUUCCCAGCUCUCGCUGGCCGUCUCUCCACUGACUCCGCCGGAUACGUCAACGUGGCCUGCAACGAUGCAGGCGUCGAUUUCUUCCACGCCAAUGCCACUUACCUCUCCAUCUGCGAAAUUCUCUCCCCAAUCUACGUGCCUGAUUCCGUCAGGAAGCUAUUCGCCUUUGAUGGUGCCGUCAGUUACGACGGUCAUUUCAAACCUAUAGCUGCCGUUCAGGUGACGGAGCUUGCUGACGGCGUCUUCAUCGGAUGUACCGUUAACCACGCUGUCGUGGACGGAACUUCGUUCUGGAACUUCUUCAACACCUUCGCUGAGGUCUGCAGGGGAGUGAAUAGAAUCUCAAGGCCACCGGAUUUCCGCCGGAAUUUCGUGAAGGACUCACCAGCUGUUCUAAAUUUCCCCGACGGAUCUCCCAAGGUAAGCUUCAAUACCGAUGCGCCGUUAAGGGAGAGAAUCUUCCAUUUCAGCAGAGAAGCGAUUCUCGACCUCAAAUCCAGAGCGAAUGCUCCUCCCUUGCGGAAACGGAUGGAGAAUGGAUUCUCCAUUGAAGCCGAGAUUCUUGGGAAGCAGAGCAACGACGGCUGGAAGAUUAACGGGACGCAUACCCCUAACGGCAAGAAGAUGACGGUGGUACGGAACGCCGUUUUGAAAUCCCCACGAUACGAAACGGUAACGGAGGAGGUCUCAUCUUUCCAGUCGUUGUGUGCUCAGCUGUGGCGGUCGGUCACACGUGCGCGGAAGCUCUCACAAACCAAAUCAACCACAUUUAGAAUGGCAGUCAACUGCCGUCACCGUUUGGAGCCGCGUAUCGAUCCGUUUUAUUUUGGGAACGCAAUCCAGAGCAUCCCCACCGUUGCUUCAGCGGGUGAGGUUUUAUCGCACGAUCUGCAGUGGUGCGCCACUCAGCUACACCGAAACGUGGUGGCGCACGACGACGCUACAGUUCGCCGGGGAGUGGAGGAGUGGGAGAAGAACCCACGGUGUUUCCCGCUGGGGAACUUCGACGGUGCGAUGAUCACCAUGGGAAGCUCGCCUAGAUUCCCGAUGUACGACAAUGAUUUCGGUUGGGGUCGACCGUUGGCGGUCCGAAGCGGGCGAGCCAAUAAAUUUGAUGGUAAGAUCUCUGCGUUUCCAGGGCGGGAAGGUGGGGGGAGUGUGGAUCUGGAAGUGUGCUUGGCGCCCGAAACUAUGGCUGGAGUGGAGAAUGACUUGGAAUUCAUGCAGUACGUAUCUUUUGAUUGAUUCUUGAGACUCAGAGAGAGGGAGAGAGUGAGAGAG